CUUUGAAACCAAACAUAGGGUUACUGUUUCUCUGUUAUAGUACUUCCUUUCCACUGUGGUUGGGAAUGCUAUCAGAGAGACGACGACAAGAACAACAGCAACAAUCAUGGAGACUCCAAGUCACUGCCAAAGCCAACAACUUCAACUUCCGAUUCAGAUUCGCCGCUGCAACUUACAAACCCACUUGGAAUUUCUCCUUCUUCCGCCUCUCCAUUCUCCUCAAGCUUCCUAAAUUCGCCUUAAAAUUCGCUUCACACCCCACACAACCACCACACCGACCAGGAUUCUUCGCUACCAAAUUCAUGAAAAUUGUCCACAAACUUCGACCCAGAUUGCCCAGAAAGAAGGAAUCAAAUGUUUCGUAUCCAAAACUUAACCAUGUUACUUAUCAGGAGCCACAUCGUGUUGGGUUUUGGGUUACGGGGAUUCUAGCAUGUGUGGGUCGAUCUAUCAGCAAGAGUGGUGAGAGGGGAAUGGUGAUGCUUGGUUCUGUGGGGUAUUUGUUGCUUCUGUUCUGGAAAAUGAAGAUAGUGAAUUUAGUAGCAUUCUUAGUGGUGGUGGGAACGAUAUUUUAUUACUUGUUUUUUAAUUUUGAUUGUAAUUAUUGUUAUUGGGAGUACAUGGGAAGGUCAUGGAAUAAAAUGGUUAAUCUCUGGUAGAUAUGUUUCGUGUUCAUGAGGAAGCUUUUAAGGUUGUCUUCACAGAUCUGAUGUUCUUUUUACAGAAUAUAUGGAAUUCUAACUAUCUCUUUUCCUUGCAAUUUCAAGCUUUUAAGGCAUGUAUUGUUCUUGGUGUAUCUGUUCAUUCUCAACCUAUGUUUUAAGGUUUGUCUCUUUAAAAGACAUAAGAAAGUAAAGAAGAGAAGAGUAUUUCCACUCAUUUUUCAUGAAAAUGUGAUUUAAUUUAAAUGUCAUUUUAGUGAAUAGGUCAUAUCUGCUUCCAUUACUGUAUCUGCUUCUUUCCAUUUUAUCAGCACUUAUCUGUGUAAAAUAUAGCUGAUUAAGCUGUGUUUGUGCAGCUUCCCAAGCAUGCUGAUACUGCUACAUAAGUGUUUGUGGGUUAUAAUUGUUGUUAGUUUAUUGAAAAUUUCGUUUCACAGUAAGAGAAUUGAUAAAUUUUCUAGAUUAAUUGCUUAACAUAAUUAAAUUAUUGAAAUGACAAAGAAAGUUGUUAUAUAUCAGUGAAAGUUGAAAUUUUUCUCAUGAAUG